AUGCCGAGAUCUAUGUCUUCUGAUCGAUUAGUUCAGUGGGACGACGACUCUAACCGUCCUCACAAGAAGUUGAAGCAUUCAACAACGAUUUCAGAGACGAGUGUGAUAGAGGAUGAUGCUGAUUCGUCUACCCAGAUGGGCCAUUCGAUCAAAACCAUUCCAAAAAGCGAUCGGUGGGUCGUAACUCGUUAUCUUGGAAACUCUUCACGCAGUUCUGUUUACUUAGCCGAGAGCACGAUCGAAGGAGAGGAAGACUAUCUUCCUGACGAGAUGACCAUUAAAUCUAUUGAGAUCUCACAAGCGUCACGUCUUAUGAACGAAGAAAAGUUUCUAUCCCGUCUCCAAAACCCUUUUGUUGUGUCUUUCUACGGCCACGAGGUCACUAUAGAGAAGGACGGGAAGGAUCCAUUACUCGAGAAGAUGUAUUACAACACGUUACAAGAGUACAGCUCAGGAAGAAACCUAGCGACACACAUUGAAAAAAACAGAGGAAAAUUACCGGAAGAUGAUGUGAGGAGUCUCGCUAAUGAGAUAUUGCUUGGUCUCAAGUAUAUUCAUGAAGAGAAGAUCAUUCAUUGUGACAUCAAACCAAAGAAUAUCAUACUUCCGUUUGAGAAUAACCUAUUUGCUCAGAUCGCUGGUUUUGGAAAAGCGAUAAAGAAAUGGUCGGUUGAGUAUGGUGAAGGAUUAGGUCAUAGGAUAGGCACGUCACGAUUAUUGCCCCCGGAGGUUAUGAUGGACAUGGUUUUGGAUUAUGGUGCUGAUGUGUGGGCUUUUGGCUGUACCGUGCUUGAGAUGUUGACUGGAGAAAGAGUUUGGAGUGAGUUUGGUAAGCUUGAUUGGGAAGGCUGGAAGACCCUCAUUGGUGAAAGUGGUAGCGUUCCCUAUAUUCCUAAUUACUUGUCUGAUAAGGCAAAGGAUUUUCUUGCAAAGUGUUUGGAGAGAGAUCCAUCUAAGAGGUGGUCAGUUGAUAGUUUGCUCGAACAUGAGUUCCUUAAAUGGAUUGACGAAGACGAAGAAGAAGAAAUAUACGAAGAAGAAGAGGAUGACUUUUAUGAUGGAAUAGAAGAUGUCGAUGAAGAAUAUGAAGCAAAUCUAGAAGCUGAAGCAGCAGUUGAGGAAGAAGAAGCCAUUGAAAUAGAUGAAGAAUAUCCUAAAGAGGAAUCGGAAGAUGACCUAUAA